AUGGCAUUCUCGAUAUCGCCCGUCGAAACUGAGGACGUGGAUUCGCUCGCCCGAAAAGUCGAAUUUCCUGCUCAUCAAGGCAACCUACUCUAUCGCUUGAUGUUCCCGCGCUCGAAGGAGCAGAGAGAAGACCAAAUCAGAUGGACGAUUGAUGGGCUUCCUGAGACAGUUCAUCAAGAGGAUGAAGCUCUGUACAAGGCGUGUGGAGAAGAUGGAUCGCCUGUCGGACUUAUAGGCUGGACUACUAGUCCAGGAGCCUUUGCAAAGGGAAUGAAAAGUAGGGAUCACAUUGACAGUGGCCGGGUGGUUAGGUCUGGAGCGAAGCAAGGACCAAAGCCGAAAAAAAGGAACAGCUUUAAUCCUCCCUCUUUGGAUGUAACAUCGUGGCUUGUUAUUUCAAAAAGGCUCAGGGAAGAGAGGCAAAGAGUUCUUCGGGGCUGCCAAGGCAAUGCAAUAUGCCGAAUCACCUUCAUGGCUGUGGAUCCAAAUCAUCAAUGUCAAGGUGUUGGGUCUAUGCUCAUGCAGAGUUUCUGUGGCUAUGUCGAUGAAAAUGCACUAGACGCCUUUGUUUUAUCCUCGCCUGCUGGUAUUCCACUAUACUCUAAGUUCGGAUUCAAAGCAGUCGGUGUUGUUGAAACAAAGCAAGGAAACUUUACUAGCAUGCUAAGGACUUCAGGCCUUAGCCUCUAG